AAAAAGAACAAAAUGUCAAAAAUCCGACGGAAGGUCACAGUAGAAAAUACCAAGACCAUAUCGGAUAGCACAUCACGUAGACCAAGUGUUUUUGAGAGGCUUGGGCCUAGCACUGGCAGUAGUGCAGAGACACAGUGUCGUAACUGGAUGAAAACUGGAAACUGUGCAUAUGGUAACACUUGCAGAUUUAUACAUUCACCAAGAGGAAAAGGAUUUAGCGGAUCAUAUCGAAGGUCACCAGAUAGACCAACUGGAGAUCUGCGUGAGCGAAUGAAAAAUAAGCGCCAGGAGGUUGAGACGGAGCCUCAAAAACGUUCUGCUGAAGAACAAGCUUCUCCCUCACGGAAAGAGUCUUCCAGGGGGAGACACAGAGAAAAGGAAGAUAUCAAGAUUACUAAAGAGAGAACUCCAGAAAGUGAUGAGGAGGGGGGUGAAUGGGAAACCACUAGAGAAGUAGAUUCAGAUAAUGGUGAUGGUAGUUAUGACUAUGACCACGAAUUAUCCUUGGAAAUGAAGCGUCAGAAGAUCCAGCGAGAAUUAAUGAAACUGGAACAGGAGAACAUGGAAAAGCGAGAAGAGAUUGUCAUAAAGAAAGAGAUUUCACCUGAAGUUGUAGCAAAAAGGUCUCCCUCACCAAGUAAAUCCAGCAAGUCUCCAAAACGAAAGUCCAGCCCAAAGUCCAAUAACCCCACCAGCAAAAAAGAAAAGAGGAGUACAACAGGAGCAUCUCCACCGCCGUCAGAUUUACCAACAAGACAUUCCAAAGGAGCUCAGAGCAAGAAGAAAGGACCUCGGACUCCAAGUCCACCACCCCCCGCUCAAGAAGAAGUUCCGGUUUCAAAGAAACAUAAAGAUAAGCAUAAGACAAAGGAUCGUGUUGAGGAGAGAGUCAAAGAUGUUAAGGAAAGAGGCAGAGAUGCUGAGAAGCACAGAGACCGAAAAGAUAGGCAAAGGGAUACUUCAGAAGGAUCUCAUAGGCAGAAAAGGUCUCCAAGCCCAGCUGAUCGCUCAGGCAGUAAUUCUUCCCGUUCAAGGGACUACUCUCCUCCUACAUCUCGAAGGCGUCAUACAUCAUCACCAACACCAGUCAAGUCCUCUUCUCACAAGCACGGCAUCUCCCCUUCCCGCAGGUCGGUUUCUCCUGCUGCACGUCAUCAUUCUCCCAUGUCCUCAAGACAUCAUUCUCCAUCUUCACAGUCGGGAUCCUCUGUACAGAGACACUCUCCUUCCCCUCGUCGUAGGAGAUCUCCUUCCCUUCAUUAUCAGAGAGCCUCAUCACCCGCUGGCAGGCGCUCCUCCUCUCCGUAUGGUACACAUGGAUCAUCUCCUCAAAGGAGGCGAAGUCAAUCCAAACAUCACUCCCCAGCUAGAGAAAAAGGAAGACAUGAGAGGGAGAGAACAUCUGCUUCCCAGGACAGGAGACAUGACAGGAGGGAUGAGAGCAGAGGAAGAAAGGACAAAGACAGAGAGAGAGAUGAUAGAGAUCAGGACCGGGAGCCAAGCAGUUCUAGAGAGCACAGAGAUGAUAGAGAAUCUCGCGAUGGUCGUGAUCGUAGAGACUUGAGAGACAAUCGUGAUCGAAGAGAAACAAGGGACACCAGAGAAGGCCGUGACACCAGAGAUAGCCGGGACUACAGAGAUAGUAAAGAAAGCCGUGAGCAGAAAGACUCUCGGUCAGCCCGUGACGCACAUGAUUACAGAGAGAGGGAUAAUCGUGACUCGCACCGAAAGGAUGAUCAGUAUGAAGAUCGCAGUUACAGAAGAAGCCAUGGGAGAGAAGAUGCUUCCCGAACGGAAACUCGAAACGAGAGCAGAAAUGAUUCUAGAAGUGAUGCCAGAAAUGACCGCAAUGGGCGCUCAAGAGUACGCGCUCCUGACCCUCCGGAAAAAGCUGGUCGUGGAGCAAGAGCCUCCCAGGUUGAUAACCACAGUAGCAGCAGUUACCAUGACAACUGGGAGUCCAGGAGUAGUUAUGCAGAUAGAGAACGAUAUGACAACCGGGAGCAGGGGAGAGAUUCUUCAUUUGAUCGUAGACAUGGAGAUCGAGAUCGUCGAGACAGAGAUAGAGAUCAAAGACCAACGUCUCCAGCACCUCACAGAGGAAGGAAUGAUGAGGAGCGUGAAGAAAGAAGAGAUGAGCGUAGGGUUGACCGAACAGAUGAAAGGAGGGAUGACCGAACUAGAGAGCGUGAGCGAGAAAGGGAGAGGGAGCGUGAGAGGGAACAGAGAGAAAGGGAAAGAGAAAAAGAGCGGGAGUCUGAGCGUGAGAGAGUUCGUGAGCGUGAGAGAGAAAAAGAGAGAGAACGUGAAAGAGAACGAGAAGAGCGUGAAAGAGAGAGAGAGCGCGAAAGGGAGCGUGAAAGAGAACGGGACAGAGAGCGUGAACGAGAGAGAGAGCGUGAACGAGAGAGAGAACGAGAGAGAGGCAGAGAACGAGAAAGAGAGCGUCCAAGAGACUGGGAUGAAAAGGAGAAAGGAAGAGAAGAUCGCAGAGAGAAAAGGGACGAUGUACGGGAAGAAAGAAAUCCGAAAGAUAUACAUGAAGAUAGGAAAACCAAAAAGCGGCAUAGAAAUGAAAGCAGUCCAAGUCCACGUCCGUCUCCAAAGCGUCGUAGAGAACAUUCUCCAGAGAGCGAUACUUACAACAGCGGUGAUGAGAAGAAUGAGAAACAUAGGCUGCUAAGUCAAGUUGUCCGACCCCAAGAAUCUCGUGCUCUAAGCCCUGCACAUGUUUCUGAAGAAAGACCAUCUCGCUGGAAAGAAGAUGAACGCAAGCCUGAUAGAAAAGAGGUUUCCAGGCGAUUUGAGGAGCCAGAAGUCAAAGAGCGAGUAUCUGCAUCAGAAAAACUGAGAGAGCACUUGGUGGUAGAUACUGAAAGCUCAAAGACAAAAGACAUUGAUAGCACAAUGCAACAUAAGCAAGAAGAAAGAGAGGUUUCUGAUAAACUGCAUGAUGACAAAACCAAGAAGAAAAUGCUAAAGAAAACUGUAAAGAAAAAAAAAGAUGAAGAGAUUGUAGCUGAAAAAAGUAUUGUUGAAUCUCCAAAAGAAGAAGUGAAAGUCUUUUCACCCAAGAAGGUUCAAAAAAAGAAGAAUCUGGAGAAGAAGCGAAAGAAGGGCGAUUCUGAGGUCUCUGAUGAAGAACUUGUGCAACCCGGUAAGAAAAAGAAGGGCCCCAGGACACCACCAGUUAUAGUGGCUCCAGUUCCUGCAGUUGCAGCAGCAGCAGCUCCAAAAGAGGAACUUCCUGAGGUGUUGCCAGAAAAAUUGCCUGCUGAACCCAUCCAAACCACAUUCAGUGACUGGUCAGAUGAGGAUGUACCAGAAAGAAAUGAAGCUAUAAUUCCAGAUAAAAUCACAGAGGAGCCUAUCAAAAAGCCAGCGAAACUCAAAGUGGAGAAAGAGGAUUCCAGACCUACACCUGUGGAUGAGCCACCAAUUCGUAAGAUUGCUGAACAGAAACGUAGCAGUAGUAUAUCUAGUAACCAAAGUCGCACCUCCAGCCGCAUCCGAUCUCCGUCUAUUGACUCUGUUCACCGCAGUGGAGAUGAUCCCGCUGCCAGAAGGAAAUUGUUACACGCAGGCUCUAAAGACAGAGAACGAACCAAAAGCAAUGAGCCCUCUGGGGAACGCAAGUCUAGAAUUGAUCAGCUUAAAAGGGGAGAACCCAGCCGCAGCACUUCAUCAGGACAUGCGGUCGCGUUGCAGCCACACAUCUCAACACGGCAUCCAGAUUGCGGGGACUCUCGGAGUCAUAGCUCUCGAAGAAGUUCACCCGAUUCUGAUCGUCAGGUACAUUCAAGAUCUGGAUCGUUUGACAGCCGUGAAAGAGCCCCUGACAGAGAUCGAUACGAGCAUGAUCGGGAAAGAGACCGUGACAAGGACCGUGAUCGUGAAAGGAGGGAUGUUAGGCCACGAGACUGGGAUAGAGAAGCUGAUAAAGACUGGCUAAGAAAUAGAGAUCGAAUAAGAGAUCGUGAGAGAGACCGAGAAAGAGACAGAAGGCGAGAUGUGGAAAGAGAGAGAGAGAAAAUAAUUCCUGACAGUAUGGAGAAGGAAAGAACUAAAUUUACUGAUGUCCCCACAACGACAGAACAGAAACGAAGUGACAUUAAAGAGAGGGACAAUGACAAAGGCUUUGAGUCUUCCAGCCGAAACAACUCUUCUCUGGACAAAGGGGAUAGAGACACUGAAAACGCACAAGAUGUAAUUGCUAGUCGUAAAACCGAAAAACCUGAAAAUGUUGAAGGAGACCAGUCCUCUAAGCUUGUUGAGGAUCAUUCUGAUGAUUCUGUGGCUGGGGAAGAGUAUGAGCCAAUCAGUGAUGAUGAGCUGGAUGAGAUUCUAGCUGAUGAUGCUGAAAAGAAGGAAGACCAGCAGGAUGAUGAAAAGAUAUCUGAUCCUUUGGCUCUAAUUGAUGUAGACUGGUCUAGUCUAAUGCCCAAACAGGCAAAGGAACCUCGUGAAUCUGGUGCUGCCCUCUUGAAAUUCACACCUGGUGCUGUGUUACUACGUGUUGGUGUUUCAAAACGUUUAGCUGGGCUUGACCUGUUCAGUAAAGUGAAAGAAACCUGCCAGCAAGCUGUAGAGAAACCUCGUGAAGCAGAAAACUUGUUUGAACAUGAGCUGGGAGCUCUAAACAUGGCUGCGCUGCUCAGGAGGAGGGAGAGAGCUGGCUUACUAAGUAAUCUUGGGCCCUGCUGUAAAGCUCUGUGUUCUCGAAGGGACUUGACGAUUCGCAAGCAACUUGUACAAAAUGAAAAGGGCACUGUGAAGCAGACUUACUCGAAUCCUCCACUGGUUGACAGCGAGCUUCUAAGAUUAAGCUUGCGUCUCUUCAAAAGGAAAACAGCAGCUUCUUGUCAGGAAAGGACUGAUGAUCACAGACAUUCUGUACUAAACAAGCAGGCAGAGACUUGUGCUUCCUAAUUCCACAAAAGACUGAUUGCUUGCUAUCAUAAACUUUGUAUUUGUGUUUCCAUAAACAAUGUGCAGCCAUUUUUAAAUGACCUACU